AUGCGCGCAUCAGUGCUUCCCACCAUUUUAGCAGUGCCCGGUGCGUGGCACACAGUCGAGUCAUUUGACGCAGUGAAGAAGAUCUUUACUGAUCGCAACUAUGACUUUGUCAGCCAGAAUGCCCCUGGAGUAACUGAUGCCAACUCCACCGUGACGGAGGAUGCUGCUUCACUGCGGACAAACCUGCUCCAACCUCUUGUCGAGGCUGGUAAAGAUGUUAUUGUCAUGAUGCAUUCCUACGGCGGCAUGUAUGGCUCGCAGGCAGUUCAGGGACUGAGCAAACGCGAGAGAGAACAAUCAGGCAAGCAGGGUGGUGUCAUUUCGCUCAUCUACGUGUCAGCAGUGACACCUCUUGAGGGCAAGACGACGCUGGACAUGAUGGGGACUGAUGCACAGCAUCUGCCGACCUGGGUGGAUUACAACGAAAAUACGGGCCUCGUCGCCUUCACAGGCGCGAAGGAAGUAAUGUACCAUGACAUUCCCGACGACGUCGCAACACAUUACAUUUCAAUGCUUCGACCUCAAUCGCUCAACAGCAUGAACACUCCAGUGUCAUACUCUCCCCUUACAGACCCUAACUUCGAGGGCACGGCUGGUUACAUUCUCUGUGGAGCGGACCGCGUCGUGCCUCUGGCUGGCCAGGAGCAAUAUGCAGCAAUAGGGGGCAUCCAACGCACCAUCCUUGUCCCGCAGGCGAGCCAUGCAUUUUUCGCCACUGCACCCAAUGACACGGUCAAUGCCGUGCUUGAACUUUCCAAAAUCUGA